AUGUCGACCAACGCUGCGGGACUUUACAUUUUGUGCAGUGUGUUGCCGGCAUUGUCGACCAUCGCCGUCGGAGCUCGCCUCUACGUGCGGAAUCUCAAGAAGCAAAAAUUCGGCGUUGAUGACGGAACUGCACUGGCUGGCCUGAUUGGACUCUGGGGUGUUGCGGGCGUGAUUCUUGAUGGCACCAGAAGAGGCCUCUUUGGAGGAAAUUCCGAUCUCGACCCGAUAACCGGGGCACUGAUACGCUCGUGGCGAGAAGGUCCCAAUGUCAAGUAUUCGUGGAUCGUUCCCAUUGUAACGGUCGUAGCUCUGGCACCGAUCAAACUUAGUGUCAUAUUCCUGUACCGUCGGGUCUUUCACAUCAGCCGAUUCUUCCACUACUAUUCCAUAUUUCUAGGCGUUCUGCUGGUUGCUUGGGCCAUCGCGUUUAUGUUUGCGAGUAUCUUCCAGUGCGGUACCAAGCCCUGGGCGUAUUGGACGACGGUGCAAACCAUCAAGCUGUUUUGCGGCGACACUGGUGGCGCAAAUGUCGCACUUUGUUUUUCCGAUUUAUUCAUCGAUAUCUUGAUCCUUAUUGCACCCUUGGUCAUGAUCUGGAAAAUGAAAUUUUCCAUGUGGAGGAAGAUGCAGAUCGUGGGCGUGUUUGCACUGGGCUUUGUAUCCACCGCAGCCGCCGCUACACGCGUGUACAUCAUGUGGGAAGACGCUUACGAUACUAAGCGCGGUCACACGAACUUGAUCAGGGAGAACACCAAAGUCGUCAUGUGGUGCCUGAUCGAGAUUAGCUCUGCGCUCAUAGCCUGCUGUCUCCCCGUACUCCGACCCAUCUUCGCCAACACGUGGGUGUCGCGACUCCUCUGCAAAAUCCAAAGUAGAGUCUGUCCGGAAUACUCGAGUAACGCUCCGUCAGACCGCCAGCUCGAAGAAGGCAUGGCAUUCCGCAGCAUCGGCGGGACUGACUUCAACGUGGUGAAGCGCGACUCCAUGUCAAGAAAAGACUCGAAGAUGAGCACGAAUGUCGAAUCUCGCGAGAUCGACCCCACAGGUGAUAUGGAGAAGUCGACAGGAGAAAUAGAUACGAUGUUCAAGGAGAUAGAUGUCUCGAAGGAGGUCGCAAUAGAGCAGCCAUGAGCGGCGCAGUCAUGAUCGACAUGUUACGAUACCACUGUACGAGAUACGAGUAUACG